GUUGGAGUGGUGAGUUGAAAAAACACUAUCUUAACCAAUAUUAAUUGGCAAAAAUAUAUCCUGCACGCAGCUUCCUCUCCAUCGAAAAGCUCCACUUCAAUAUAAUCAGGAAGGUAAAAAAAUGACAACUUCAAGAUUGAAAACAAAUAUUAUUUUCGCAGCCUUUAUAGUGCUGCAGAUGUUGGAUUGCUAUGCAGCAGCAACCACAAGUCGGACAUUACCCAGUGAUCACGACGAUGAGAUGUUGCAGAGGUAUGAAGAGUGGAUCAGUCAGUACGGGCGAGUGUAUUCAAAUGAGACCGAGAAGACACAACGGUUCAGCGUGUUCAGAGAGAAUGCAUUGUUCAUUGAUUCUUUUAAUCAGGCGGGUAACCAGUCUUUUACUUUGGCUAUCAAUGAGUUUGCAGAUUUAUCCAAUGAAGAAUUUCGAGCCACUAGACUCGGUUACGUUGAUGAGCCACCCUCUUCUGGGAUGGCAACACCUUUCAUAUACGAGAACAUCACUGCCCCUCCUCCUACCAUCGACUGGAUUAAGAAGGGAGCAGUUACUCCCAUCAAGAACCAAGAGGAAUGCGGGUGUUGUUGGGCAUUCUCCGCCGUGGCGGCGACGGAGGGACUCAACAAGAUUACCACCGGAAAAUUGGUAUCAUUGUCGGAGCAGCAGCUGGUGGACUGUGACCGUAUAAGUCACGGGUGCAACGGCGGAUGGAUGCAAGCCGGGUUCAAGUACAUUACCCAAAACAAAGGCAUAACCACAGAAGAAAACUACCCGUACGUCAAGGUGCAAGGACCCUGUCAGCAGAAGAAGGCCUCUGCCGUGGCCGCCAAGCUCGGCGGCUUCGUCAACGUUCCCAAGAACAGCGAGGCGGAUCUCAUGAAGGCGGUGUCGCGGCAGCCGGUGUCCGUGUCCAUCGACGCUGCCGGAAAGCCGUUGCAGUUCUAUGGUAAGGGGGUUUUCACCGCCGCCUGCACGACCGUGAUCAACCACGGCGUCACGGCGGUCGGGUACGGGACGGACCCCGCGGGCGGGAAGAAGUUUUGGCUGAUCAAGAACUCGUGGGGACCGAAUUGGGGUGAGCAGGGGUACUUAAGGUUGCUCAAGGAUGCUGGUCCUCCGGAAGGACACUGUGGGGUUGCCACCCAAGCUUCUUUCCCUCUCCCUCCUAAAUAAUACACGUGGGUAUCCAGAUUACAAUCACAGCUUAUUUGGUUUUAUAAUCACAUGUAUUAUUAUUUGAGGAUAAUGAUCUCUUUAUUAUAUUGACAACUUUUCAUGUCCAGCCGGCCUGACGGGAACCGCCGUCCGGCCGAGGGCAUUUCGGGC